AUGAGUCCGGCAGCUGGCUUGGUUAUCGCGGAAAACAACCACAAUCCAGCCUCUAUGAGCGGAGGGCGAAGUCCUCCCCUCAGUAACUGGUCUGACGUGGUUUAUAUUAAUUGGGCCACCUUGGCAAAGUCUACUGGUAACUCUGUGGGAAAUUUGAAGUAUCUAAUCCGAACACACAUCGUCAACCCGGACACCUUGAAUAUCUUGAAGACCGUCUGUGGUGGACCUUGUCCCGCUUGGCCCGGGAUGUCAUUCGACAUCAAUCAGAAAAAGAAAGGUGGCGUGUUGGUCAAUCAGAAUGGACUGGCUUUGCUGGGCACUCCCAAUGGUGGAGGUGCUGCCUGGCUUUUGAUAAACCACAAGCAGCAACUCGGGGUACGGAAAGCACCGGUGUCGGUAACAGCCUGGACGACUCCGGGAACAGACGAAGAUUGGUAUCAUAUGGUAUUCCAGUCCAGUACUUGA